UACUGCUUCAAGACUGACCAAGGGGAGUUUGCAUUUCUCGUUUGUUGUUAAUCGGUGGUGGGCGAAGAAACAGCAAAGUGAACUCGCUCAGGGCAGGAACUUUAAUUCUGGACUUUUAUCUUCUUGUGACUUUUGCGAAUCUCCGUUUUUACUGUUUUGGAAAUAUUUUUUAUUUAGUUUUCAUUCAGAUAUUCUGAUUUGUGUGGGGAAAGUGUUGUAGUUGUAUUUAUCCAGGGCACGGUUCCGUUUGGCAGUUGGCUCGCUUUGAAUCCAGUGUUUUUGAGACUGAACAAUCUCCGUGAAAUGAGUCGGACGCAGCUGCUCAGCCUUGUGUGGUGUGCGGUGAUGUGUGUCCGCUGUGCUGCUGCGCCGCCUGCUUCAGGCUGUGAGGGAGACAAGUGCAGCAGAAGCCAGACCUCCUCUUCAUCCUCUUUAUCUUCUUCUUUGGUGGUGAAAUCCCAGCAGCCCUCCCAGGACUUCCUGGGUCAGUUUACCCAAAUGAGCUCACCAAACAGUGGGGACCAUAAACACCGCGACGCCAGCGCGGUCCUGCCCUUCAUCGGCCUCACAGGCAGUGCUGAGCAGAGUCGUAGCUGCUGUAAGAACGGAGGAACCUGUAUCCUGGGCAGCUUCUGCGCCUGCCCUCCGUUCUUCACCGGGAGGAGCUGCGAGUACGACCAACGCAUCAGGAGCUGUGGUUCAAUUCCUCAUGGUGAGUGGGUUCAGAAAGGAUGCUCCUACUGUCGCUGUGGUUACGGCGUUCUGCACUGCUUCCCUCACGUCUUCCAUAAAGACUGUGAUGAGUCAGAAGAGGUGCGUUGGUAUCGUUCGUCAGCUGUUCGGACCGGCUGCCUCCUGUAUCUGACGCUGUUUCUUCCCCUGCUUCUCCUCCUCUGAUGGUUUUUAAAAACUUAAUGCUGGACACAAACACCAGGAUUUAUGUGAAACAGUGAGCUGUGGACUCAAGCUGCUUCUUCAGAACUAACUCAGUUUCCAAACCCAAUUGGAGUUUCAUAUGCUUUUAGAAAAUAUUUAUUGUAUUUUGUCCAAAUGGUACAGUAGUGGAGGAGUAAAAGAUUGUUUGAAAAGGGGAAAUCAGGAGUUGUUCCUUCAUAAGUGAGGACAUGUCGCUUUCAAGUAUCUUUGGUUUAUGGGAACCUUCUGCGAUGUUGUGGUUUAUCGGGACGCACCAGAGGUCUUCCACGCUGAGCUGUUCAUUCCUGCAUCCUAUUUCAGGCUCCUUUUUUGAAGGAUGAGCCUACAGUAUGAAAUGUGUGGGGAUCUUUUUGAGGACAGGGUUGAAUGGACUUGAGCCUACUGCUAUACUACUGGACCAAUUUUCAAGAAUUUAGUUAACUCUAAGUUGACCAGUCAGUUUCUUCAAACAAGGAAAACAAUUCAACUAGUGCACCUGAAUUAAUUCCAGUUUUGCCCAAUGCAGUUCCACUUGUUUCAAGAAAUUUUUAGAAAUGAGUGUAAAUAUCUUCUAAUUAGAUCACUGACAAAUGAACAUUUUGGGAUUCAGUACUGAAUGGUUAAAACAGAACUUAUUAGUGUUAAUUGUAAUAAAAACCGUGGAAGUCAACAGACCCAAAAUAUAACAAUAUAUAUAUCAUGUUCAGUCUGUGUUUAAAACCUCUAAAGCGAAUCAGCAGUGAGCACAGCAGCGUCUGAAGUUCAUCUUGUCCAAACUCUGCUUCUUAAAACUUUUCCUUCCAGUGGAAGGUCAUCUGUGUGCCUAUGAUGUCUUGAAGAGUAAAAUGUAUGUGAAGGAAGCUGUACAUAAGAUUUUUAUGAAAAGUAUGUUUUUGUAAUUUUGGGAUGUGUAGCUUCAAAGGUACAAUGUGUAAUUGCUGGCCACGUGCUCCAAACAAAUAGGGGGCAGCAUUGUGCAAGAAUUGCAUGAUUUACUAAUUGCAGUGAUGACACUGUUUUUGUACAAGAUUUUGUACAAUUAGACAUGCGUAAUAAACUUUGCAAUGUCCUCAAAUGUAUAGCAAACUUUCCAAACUUCCAGUCUUGCCUCUUCUCAUAACAGCAAUGCCAAGUGGUUACAAUAUAGUGAACUGAUCAACAUUUUUUCAGUCUGUCUACUACUGGGUCCAUACAAUCUCAAUUUACAGUUAUCAGUUAUUUAAAAAAGCCAACUACUAAAUUACAGCAGGGCAAGAAUACGCAAAAUUCGACCAAACUGCUGAAAGUCUGAGAGCCGGUCAAAAUAACACUGCUAUCUUAUAGGCAUCGGCCUAUACUUUACAGCUUGCUUAGCUCAGUUUUACCAAGACCAUAGUAGCCAGUCAUAGUAGACAGUCACAUCAAAACCAUAUAUCGGCGCCAUUUGGAAUGUUUUUCCGUACAGUUUGUGUUAUUAGUUGCACUAAAGAUAUGUUUCUCUAAAUAGCCAAUGUUAAAUGUUACUUACCAAUCUAAAAAAACGUUGCAAGUUCAGCAUCAAACCGCAGACUGGACGGUACAGUGACUCACUAUCGUCUCUUGAGGCACAAGUGGUAUUACACAGGACGGGCCGGACCUAGCAGGUUAGCAUGCUAACUUCAGUAGAUAUUUCUG